AUGACACCACAAUUAGCCAACAAGGACAGCUGCAAUUUUGAUCUGCCUUCACUCUGGAUUGAGUUGAAAGUUCCGGGAUCGGAGGUCGAUGCUUCAGAUUCUGAUUUUGAACCGGAUGAUAGGCUAUAUUCGCAUUACGAAAGUGACUCAUUCGAAGAAGCUUUUAUUUGUGAGGCGGUGAAACGAGAAUUGGAGAGUCCUACCCCCAACAUAAUGGCGUAUGCCCAACGGACCCAAAGACCGCCGUCUCCACCGUGGCCGAAAGUGACUCCAUUCGAUUUCAGCGUCCAUGGCAUGGAGAAGAUGGAACUUCUGUUAUUUAUUCUGAGAACGCUCGCUGAAGAGAUUGAUCCACCACCGCGCAGGCAGUCCGCACAGUGGCUCGAAGACCGCAGAAGAAGUUACGUACUAACCACGCAAUCAGGCAACUUGUUCUACAAUCCAGAUAACUUAGUCAUCACAGGAGACAAACAGAAACGGAUAUCAUUCAGAGCGGUAGAUAUAGUUGUACUUAGUCCAUCGGAUGAUGUCAGCAAGUGCACAAAAGUCCCUUUCGAUGUGUGGCAACCGUGGGCCCUCACGAGUAAAACUCCAGGUUAUGACAACAAUUGCGAUGACGAGGACACUAUUUUUUUGGAUCAAUGGGUUCUCCGUGAAGAUGACCCGAUCAGACCAGAACCUCAAGGACGUUUGCAAGAAAGGCAGCGCGAAGAUGAAGCGGGAGUAGCUUUCAUCACAAUAUCCUCAGAACUCAGUGCAUCUUACCUUCUGCAUUCUAUGCAUCUAGGAGAUGCAUAUGAGUUGGCCAAGCUCCAUGUAAGGCGCCACAUGGUGGUUCACGGUCUAAAUGCACGAAAGGACACAGAGGAAAUUAAGAACCGGCUGUUGCAAGAAGAACUUGCUAAGAUGAACAUUUUUUCAAUCGUAUCUUCUAAGAAAACAGACUGA